AACUUCCGAAAAUCAGUCGCGGUCUGAUAUCAGCGCGCUUCAGACGAACCUCUUUCACCGGAAACGAGAGAAAAGGAAACACAAGCCCUUUGGCAACGAAAACAUUUUUUUCUUCUCCAAAAAAAAAAAAAAGAAGAAAAUUAAUUUUUAAAAACAUUUCAAAUUUGUCCAAUUUUAUUUACAAAAUUUGCCUUAAUUGUUAUUUUGCCAAAAAAAGACCAAACAUAGUGAUUAAUUUUAAUUAAAAAUAAAUGCUAAAGAAUUAUGGUGCCAAUUGAAUAAUUUUCGUUGAAUAAAAUGAGUAUUAAAAGAAUCAAGCAAUUAUCAGAAAUUAUAUGAGAAGCUGUAAAAACAUCUGUUAAACUCACCGCAUAUAUAGAGAAAGAGCUUCGACUUUUCAACAGGUGUCCAAGCGGAUCGAUGAUUUACGGAUCUUAACUUUACAACGUUUUUGAAAUACAUAAUUUUUAUUUCCCUUGAAGAAGAAAAACUAGAAUACUUUUAUUUUUAAAAAAACUUAUAAAAAAAAACUCAACGUAAUUUGUGAGGAAAUAAAAUUCGUCAUGAAAUUUGGCAAUUUUCUUUGACCCUCAUUACAAAUUAAUUCAAAUACUGAUUUUUUUUAAUUGAUCAUGAGUUACGCGGAAUUAACAGAUUACUUUAAUGCAACCUUCAAUGAAACCGAAGAAAUCACAUCAAAAAUUCAAGUGCAAAUAACAUUCUACAUUUUUUAUGGUUCGAUAUUUUUACUUGGAAUUUGUGGAAAUGCACUUGUUUGUUUUGUUGUAAUGAGAAAUAAACAAAUGCAUACGGUGACAAAUUUUCUCAUUACAAAUUUGGCGCUAAGCGAUAUUCUUUUGUGUGUAUUGGCAGUGCCAUUUACUCCGCUCUAUACAUUUUUGGGUGCAUGGAUUUUUGGUGCGACAUUGUGUCGCUUGGUACCUUAUGCACAAGGUGUGAGUGUCUACAUAAGUACCUUCACUCUAACAAGCAUUGCAAUUGAUCGUUUUCUUGUUAUUUUAUAUCCAUUUCGUCCGAGAAUGAAAAUUCAAGUAUGCCAAAUGAUAAUUGUUGGAAUUUGGUUUGUUGCACUUGGACUAACAUUGCCAUAUGGAUUAUAUCGAAAAAUGGAUAGAAGUGAAAAUUUGUGUGAAGAAAUAUGGCCAAAUGAACAUUUUAGAAGAGUAUUUAGCACAAUUACAACUGUUUUACAAUUUGUUGUGCCAUUUUGCGUUAUUACAUUGUGCUAUAUUUUUGUGUCGAUUAAACUUAAUUCAAGAAUUAGAAUGAGACCAGGAUGCAAUGCAAGUCGAAGGGAGGAAGCCGAUAGAGAGAGAAAAAGAAGAACUAAUAGAAUGCUUAUUGCAAUGGUUGCCAUAUUUGGAAUAUCUUGGCUUCCUUUGAAUCUUAUUAAUGUAAUAGAGGACUUUUACUCAAAUGCCAAUGAUUGGCCACCAUUUAAAUUUUGCUUUUUUCUUGCACACAGCAUUGCCAUGAGUUCAACAUGCUACAAUCCCUUUCUUUAUGCCUGGCUUAAUGAAAAUUUUCGAAAAGAAUUCAAACAGGUUCUACCCUGUUUUUCAAGAACAUUAGGCAAUGGUACUUCACGUAAUAUAGAAGGUUGUAGAAAUGGAAAUGACACCGUCCAAGAAAGCUUGCUUCCCAUUCCAACAUCGAAGCAGAAUAAUACAAGCUGUGAGAUGAUUUCCUUGGAGCCAGUAAACAGUGAAGCUUCCAAGGAUCAACAGAAUUAACCGUCCAGGGAAUCAGAACACCUCGAAAGAAUCUUAACUUCAACAUCCAUUAGCAAUAUUAUCAUCCGAGGUGCGAACAUUAAAAUCGAUAAACAAGGAACAAGUUUCAGCAAAUAUAUAUCCGAAUGUACGCUUAGAAUGAAAUGAAUUCAAUUUGUUAUAAUAUACUCACAUAAAAAAAAAUGAAAUUUUUCAAGAAUGAGACAUGUCAAGAGAAAUAUCAUAAUAUCAAAACAAUUAGAAAACUAGUAAUUUAAUUUAUAUAAAUUAUUAUUAAAAAUGACAGUUUAGAUGUUUAAGUAUAAUUAUAUAUACAUAUAUUAUUGUAAAUUCAAUUUAUAAAACAGUAUUAAUAUAAUAAUAAUUUCUAAUUUUGUAAAAUAAUAUCACGUGUUAAAGUUUAAAAUUUAAUGCGAAAAUUUAUAUACUGCAUGUUGUAGUUUAUUAAAAGAAAAUUUCUCUCCGA